AUGCAGCCCAAUAUUUUGGCCACAGCCUCCAAUGAACAGUUUCGUUCAAUCACCGUUUGGGAUCUGAGGGAUCCUGUCAAAUUAGUGAGAAAUAUUGAAUUGUUCUGUACGCCCCCAUUUCCUGUCAUCCUCAUUCCUGUUUCACCCAUCUUCUGUCUGCUGUUGAGGUGGAUUUUACCGAUCUUUCAGCUCCAACAAGUCUGCUCUGUUGGGAUCCAUUCCGCGAGUACAAUUUUGCCAGCGGGGGCAACUUCAUGGUCCAAUUUUGGGACCUUCGAGUAUUCUAACACACCCGAGCGCCACCUAUCAAUGCAGUCAUCGCAGGUUCUUUCAAUGGCCUGGUCUCCCGUCCGUACUGGGGAGUUUGUUCUUGCCACCAAGGACGGAAGUCUACGUAUAUGGCAUCUCGACGACUUUGACAACGCCUUGCUUGUUGGCAACUACAAAAAGGUUCCGAUGUUCCAACUACGCUACACGCCUAAAGGGGCCGGGAUUGUCAGCGUGCCACAACGGACACAUUGGACUAUCUCGGGUUUGGUACUCUGGAGGUCUGAUACUCUCUCCCCUAUGCGCCUUGUCCCCGCCAUCGACGAAGACGACAAGAGUGCGGGCGUAGGCUACCCAUCAGGCCAGAGCAUAAUCAGUGAGGAAAGCCGUGUCCUCGGCUUCGGAUGGUGUAGGCCCGAUCUUCCCCUUGUUACCGCCUUCAAUGAGACCACUUUCGAUUUGGAGAAUAAGGAAAAUCUGCGCGAUAUGAUUCAACUGGCCAACCUUGUCUCCUGGUCCAGGGAUCAUAAUUUGAGAAUUCACAAUCUACCGGCUGCUUUCUUGCAUGUUGAUGGAGUGAAGCCCUCAAAUUACCGCAGUCCUCCACGUUCAGCAUCCUCUGAACCUGCUGUACAGGUUGCCAAAGCCGCUCUCUCUCCUGUAGAUGGUAUUGAUGGCCCCAACAGGCAAACCUCCUCUGAACAGACAGUUUCCCAAUCCACAAAAACUGACCCUUUUGCCUUCCAGUUUGUCACGCAAGAAAUCUCUCUUCUUAGCUCUUCCAUUGGUCAGUACCGAAUCGGAGAUGUCGUUCGCAAUGAAUCUGACUGCACAGUUCGACUGACGCUCUAUUACUGCCGUCGUAAUCACUAUCACCAUCGUACAGUGUGCGGAUUCGAUGCAGGCAAUGAAACGAAUGAGUCACGCAGUCGUUCUGACUCCCUUCCACUGACCGAUCUAGACGCCUUCUUCCAGUCCACUACUACUACUACUACCAACGAUUCAGCCCGACCGUCACCAGUGGCAACGGUGAGGGCUGGAAGGCUUCUUGAACCCCUCCCCAGUUCUGGCAGCGUAACUCUUCUGGCUCGAUUUCCUCUAGCCUAUCCUGCGCCCAACUGUCCUCCCACUUUCUCUUUCAUCGCCUCUGACCCACUUGUGCGUGAAUCAACACUCAUGCGUAUACUUAAGGAUCUUCAGCGUACAGCCGACAAGACUGUAUCUGCUUCUCGCGGGUGUCUGGAGCCGUGCAUUCGGAAAGCAUUCAAGCACCUCAACUCCACAAGUUUAUCGUUCUCCUCUGACGAGGAUUCUAAGGUAGGGGAUAAUGAGGGCACUUUGGCGUCAUCCGAUCCCUAUGUCAGUUUCGUUCAAGAGCAUCCUGAUUUCAAGACUACCAACACGAGUUCAGAAGCUGAUGCUGCCUCACAACCUCCUUCUCAGGACGUGUUUGUUCCCUUUCCGCGCACCUCUGGGGUUCAUAUCUCCCCCUCGGGUCUAAUGGUGACCUUUGGUCUGCAUCAGCGUCUUGUAGAAAUUGUUCAAGCCGCUAGUCCAUUAUCUAUAGAAUCUACUCGUACACCUCGUUCCUUCCAUGAUUACCUCCAGCUCACAGAGGGUAAGGAACACCUCUUUUGCAAAGCCUCGGACGGUUUAUUUUCCAGGCAACAGUUCAGGCUAUCACAAGCUGCAGAUCAGGGAGCGGGCGGUAUUCGUAGUCAAGUAAAAAGAUCAUUGAGUGCGGAGGCCAUCUGUGGUGGUGUCGGAGAGACUGUGCAAGGCAUCUUCAACACCCCCUCGACAACAUUUGGAUCGCCUAAAAAUGUUGAUCGAAGACGUCACUAUUCGGGGAAAACCUCUACCGAGUCUGGGAGGCCACCAACUUCUUCAGCUCGAAGGGCGGUCGUUGUGGGGAUUGAACAGCCCGUGAUAGCGAAUCACCGAGUGCGGAUGCGCAGGGCGUCCUAUGCCACUCGUAUCACUUCGUUCCAGCUUUCAUCCUCUGUUAGAAAGACAUCGUUUGAUAGGACUCGUUCUAACGGUCGGUCUCGGCAACUUGUCGACUCAGAGCUCUUUUCUCUCACCGAAGCACUUAUAGAUCGCGGUUCUCCUCGAGCAAUUAUCACCGACCUUUCAUCGUUGAUUCCGAUGUCACGUUACCUUGCCAAUCACUACUCGCUUGACAUAGCGGAUCCGAAGCGCAUGUGCUCACGAAACCUGAAGGUUGCUCGCACAACCGGUCGGGCGGAUUUGAUUCAGUUUUGGAGUUUCGUGGCGUCACUGGCUGGUGCCAAGUUGAGACAGCCUCCGUUCCCUGCCAUCGUUCCGCCCUACGCUAGUCAAUCUAUUGGUCGUUCCUUUUUUAAUACCUGGCUCUCUCACUUUCUCUCCCUCGGAGACGUUCAGAGCCUGACAAUGAUGGGUUUUGUGAUGGCUGCGAUUGACGCUCAAUCAAGUCCACCGGCCCUUCUCCUCACCGCGCCACUGAAAGCUGCUGCUAUGGCCUUGAGGCAACCACAUCGAGCCCUCUUCGGCCCCUUCCACCCUUACCCUCCUGAAUCACAGAAAAGCCCCAUUCGGCGUGCAUUUCAACAGAUACCACGGUCUACUGCCGCGAUGGAGAUAGCGCGACGAUCGAAGUCAACUGUAGUGGUGCCUAAUUUAGCUCUUCUGGAGGCUCAUGAAUCACACCUCUUGAUGCCUGUGGAGAGAACAGACGAGCAGUCACGAACUGUUGCUCCAUUCGCGGAAAGGGGAUCCUCAAAACUCACCACUGAAGACUCCACACCCACGCGAAUCUCACGCCAAGCGCCAACUUCCAGAUGUGGUAAAGGUGCCACUGAUCAGUCCACAUCUGAGAGCGGAACCAGUGUCCCCUCGUACACGAGGACACGGUCAAGCAGUUACUCAGUCAACCCUUCAACUUCAGCCGAGAGCAUGACCCCUGACCCCUCGGAGUCAUCUCAGCCCUCUCCUAGUGCUACUCCAUGCUACAAGAUUUCCGCGACAGCCGAUGUCGCCGGAUCAGAGCCCUCUCGAAGCCGUCAAAGCUCUGAAGAGAUCGCCAACAUUGCUCUACUUCAGCACCACUUCCGUGAGCAAGUGUUGAUGGACAUCGGUGGAGUUACUGGCGAAAGGCCUCAACACGACGCCCCCUACACUUCCCACGUGUGGCUGCUGUCGUUCAAACACAUCCUUCAGUAUACUCACUUUCUCAACGUCUACAUUAACCUUCUCUCUGCGUGGGAUCUCAUAAUGCCUCGUGCUAACUUCUCCGCCCAGUGGCAUAAAGUCUUAACUUGGCUCCACGCCCGUUCACGUCCCAAUUUUUAUCAUCUCGGGUUGGCUGAACCCCUGGACCGUCAGAACCAAGUUCUUCUCUGCCCUGGUGAAUGGCGAGCCGAACACAUGCCACCCGUACUAACCCACCUGCUAAGUCUUCCGGCCGUCCAGACGGAGGUGGUUGGUCCCACGGGCCUUGCAGGCUUCACUUACACUCCGGCCGCCAAAACGACCUCCAAUGAGGGUGGUGGUCUGCUGCAUUGUGCGGUGUGCAAUAUCACGGCUCGUGGCGUGAUUGUGGCUUGCCCUCUAUGUCAUCACGGCGGCCACAUGGAACACAUGUCCGCAUGGUGUAUGCGAAGGCGUAGCGAUGGUGGAAAUGUGGUCUGUCCAGCGCCCGACUGUGAUUGUUACUGUAGGUAUCUAAGGCUCCCCUCCGAACCUGCUACUGCUCACUAA